AUGUCGUCUUCUCCUGUUUCACCCUUCCAUCUUCUCAAACUUCCAACUGUUGUUCUCUCUGACGUACUGGAUCACUUAAAAACAUAUGAUAUAUGCAUACUCAGCGCAACAGCUCGAAAAACUAAAUGUAUUGUAAAACAAUCUAUAGAGCGGGCGAAGAAGCGCAAGAGUGAGGACCAACGCUGGCUUAGUUUGAGCAUUGCUACGCGACAAAACUACUUUGAAAUAAAAUAUGAAUUAUA